GUGUGUUUCGCAAACAUCCCAUAUCUUGAAGGUGACGAAUAUGCUGCAACAAGUCAAGACGAGCCUUGUGGACUCCACUGACACAAAAUGAGUAAAAACGAGUAACUCUGACGGCGCAGCAACACGUCAACAGGUGCCUUCGGGAGUGUUUUUAAUGCGCUGCCACGCUGUGAAUGUACACUUCCAGUACCCGUUCGGCACUCAAGAGGAGUUCACUGCCAAGUUUCCGAUGCCUAAUAGUUUUUCAUUCUGAGCUUCAACCCGCAGCCAGUCGUCAUGUUUGAUAGUUUUGGGACUCAGAGAGCCGGUGUGCCCGUUCCGUGCGCGGAUCUCCAGCUCAAACUUACAGACAACAAGAGCAGCCUGGCCGCAGCAGGGAUGGGGAUGGAGAAUGACAGUGGGAAGAAACUGUUAGAAAUAAGUGGUCCUGCGUUAUCCAAAAGAAAACUCCUGGUCGGCUUAGACCUCCUCUGCCUCUUCCUAGCAUCUAUCCCUUUCUUUGCAUGUGAGCUGAAGGCUGUGAGUCCUUACAGAAGGGGCUUCAUAUGUGGGGACUCAAGCAUCACUUAUCCAUAUCUGCACAGUGAAGCCAUACCAGAUGAAUUACUUAUCGCCGGGGGAAUCGUCAUUGCUGGCCUCACAAUCGCCCUCGGGGAGUGUUACCGGGUACGCUUCCGAAGCGUCAGCUCUAAGGCUUUUGUCAGGAACCUAUAUGUGUCCUGUCUGUACAAGGAGCUGGGCUGCUUCCUGUUUGGUUGCUGUAUUGGCCAGUCUUUGACCAACAUGGCCAAGCUCAGUGUGGGACGGCUGAGACCGCACUUCCUGUCUGUGUGUGGCAUCACCUAUGCAUCACUCAACUGCACACCUGGAACCUAUGUUGCAGCAGUGACCUGUCACCAGACAGACCACCGAUUAGAGGAGGAGGCCAGGAAGUCCUUCUUCUCUGGCCAUGCCUCUUUUGCUAUGUACACAAUGCUCUAUUUAGCGUUUUACUUGCAGGCCCGGUUGACAUGGCGUGGGGCUCGGCUUCUGAAACCGGUGCUGCAGUUUUUUCUGGUCCUGCUGGCAAUCUACACCGGUCUGACCCGCAUCUCAGAUUACAGGCACCACCCAUCCGAUGUGUUAACAGGCUACAUACAGGGAGCUCUCACUGCCUACUGGGUGGCCUUCCACAUCUCAUCAAUGUUUAAAAGCUCCAGGUCAGAUUUGUCUCCAACUGAAACCCCGGACAGCCUCUCGCCACCCCACCAUACUGUCUGCUAGACCUCACCCCCUCCCACCAAUGUCCACCUGCUACCUGAAUCUGGUUUGGAUUUAGAAAAAAUCUGAAGAAUGUGAGGCCAUUUCCUGUGAAAGCAAAUAUCAUACCUCAGUAUUUUUAAUGUGGGAGAAAGUGGGAGAGUAAAGUUUGUGAGAAAAUGUUUGCAGCUCAAAAGAGAAAAACUUUACAAACUGGGAUUGUUGAAAGAAAGAAAAAGAGAAGCGACUGAAAACUCAGCUUAUGUGUAGUAUAAGCAGCCUGAGCAUUUCAACCUUUGUACUUCUGACUCUUAUCAGUGAGACUGAACACAGCAACCACUAUCAUGUAAAUACAUAUUUUUUACAACUCAAAUGUUACUGUAAAAGCACUUUUCAUUUUCAUGUUAGUAUUGUGAAUAACUACUCUGUUAUGUUUAGGAUGUAAUGUAUUUUCUAUAAAACUGAAUACAUUGUGUAGUAGGUUUUUUUGUUUGUUUGUUUUUUUGUUUGUUUUUUUUACAUAAACUUGUUGAAUGUUGUUGAAGGAGAACACAAAUAUGUUAGCAUGUAAGAAACUGAAAUUCUUAAUGUGUUGCACGAAUAGAUGUGAUAGGAUGUGUCUGUCUAUCUGUGUACAUGGGACCAUGUAGUUGAGGGUAUGACUAAAAAAUGUAUAAACAAGUAUAAUUAAAGGAAAGAUAUGGAUGCUACUAGUUCUGAAUCUUUUCUUAUAAUUAUGUGUAGGCUUUUUAUCUUUUUAGUUGGUUUGUUUUGAAUACAGAUAAAGUCAUUAUAAUGGUUUUCUGUCUGUGAUUCUGAUGCCCCCACCAAGGAUGAAACCAGAGGGGUGGCCCUGGAGGGACACUGGCCAUCUUAGGUGUCACCCUAGAAAACAGACAGUUGAAUUGUACCAAGUAUUCAGUCUAAACUGAUGUUUCCCUAGGUACACAUCAAGUGUUAACAUGCAAUGUACUUCUAUGUAAUGUUCUAUUAUGUUGUUUUACAUCAACACUACCAUGUUCUUGAUCUUAAUGCAGCAUUUAUACAGCAUCAUCUUGCAGUUGCCUACAUGAGUGUUAAUGUUGGUCUGUAAAAACUGUGUACAUCUUAUGAAGAGAAUGUAAAAGCCAUAAAACUAUCAUUUGUGGCAACAGGAUAAGGAGCCAAGAAUGCUGAAGAAACAUUGAAAAACUUUGCUUAUUAUGCAGCAGUGAUUAAAGUUAUACAGUUCAGGAUCAUCCUAUGGAAGAAAUUGUUGAUGAAAAAAUAUAAGACUGUUUAUACAAUUUUUUUUUUACAUUAGAUUACCAUAUUAGUUGUAAUACUCACUUCAUUAUUUACUAAAAUCUAGAUUAAAAAAAAAAAAAUUAAAGUGUCAUUUCUGCCACUGUUUACCUAGUCUGUGCCCCUGCCUGGUCCCCUCUUAAAAAUGUUCCAGACCCACCCCUGCCCCCUAUUGCCUAAUAUAAUAGACUACAACUGUACAUUUAUAAAAAAAAAUAUAAAAAAUCCUAUUAGCAAGGUUAGCACCAGACCUACAUUCACUAAGUCAGCCAAUACCAUGUAAACAUAGGGUACGUCGGUGCAUUUCAAUGUUCUAUUCUACAGUCAUUUUAAUCUACAGUAAUCUAGCAAACGCUUUUAUCCAAAGCGACUUACAUCUGAGAGGAAGAACAACAUAAGCAAGAAUUCAAACAAGAUGAGACAUCAUAACUAAGUGGUAGUCAGUCUGCUGUGAGUCCAGUUGGACCUCAGUGCUGUCAUGUUAACCAAGGAGAUAGGAUCACAUGAAUCAAAACCGAUUUCAGUCCACAAAUAAAGUUAAAGAAUUGACCUAUCCUAUUACAGUCUUGUCUGGCAUGUGAAUGGUUUUACCUUUCUAGUGUGAAGAGUUGUACACAUUUUUAGUAUCAAAAACUAUUUAGGUUUUGUUCUUAUUGUUUUGUUCUUUUUAACACUGAUAAACACUUGGCUAAAGGGGUAGUGGGGAGGACACCAAAGGAAAAAAGGGAGAGAGAGGGAGCGAUAAAGGAGAGAAAGACAGUUAAACAGACCCUGCAGAAGUGAUGUUGUUACUGAUGUAUAGAUGUAUAAGAAAAUGACCUAGCUGGUUGGGGUUCAGGUCAUUUUCUUGAUUUGUAUUUUUCUGGAAGUUUAAUUCUUGUAAUGUAUAUUAAAUUUGACAAUGUCUAGACACCAGACUACACACUACCUGCCCUUGUGAAAACCAAAUGAAUCUAACAGAAAUGUCUUUAUGGUGACAACAAAGAUAAAAAUGCAAAAAGUACAAUAUUUGGUUGAACUGUUAAAACAGAUUUUUGUAAGAUUUUACCAUCGAACCUAGUAGCUGGUUGAAAGGCUUCAAGAAUUAGCCACUUAAACAGGAAGCAAAAAAAAAAAAGUACAUCUUCAACUUUUAUCAGUUGUAUUCUCAAUGUUUUUCUGUGAAAAUGUAAAAAUGAGUCAAAUUGUUGAAAAAAAUUGUUUAUUUGAUUAAGAGAAAUCAUACAUUCUUUUUCCCAUGCCACUUGAAUCAUA